AUGGCUCUCUUGACGCUCAGCUCCAGUGCGGAGGGACCUACUCCAAGCAAGGUACAGCAGACGCUCGAGGAGCUACGCAACAGUAAUUUUGGCAGUUGGGAUGAAGUCUUGAAGGUUCUGCGUCAGCCUUUGGCCCUGUUUGGCCUAGGAGUCGGUCCUAGGCGCGUCAAGAGGCAUAGCGUUGGAGGUGAUGAGCCAGAUCCCACAUUUGGUCGGAGUCUGGGCCCACAGCUGACUGACGAGCAGAAGGCUUGUUUGCGCCCUACCUUUCUGGGCGACGUUCAGAGAGUAAUCUUGGAGCGCAUCGGUGUCGACUGGGCCUUCAUGAUCGAGGAGGAGAGAUGGUCCGAACUUCUUCAUGCCUGGUUUGUCGCUCCGACACGGCAGAGCGAGACGGCCUCCCCCUUCGAACCCAUCCUUGUCACUACCAUCCAGCUAGCUACACUGAGCACGCUCUCUGCAUUCUUGUCCAAUCCGCGAGCGACACAGCAUGAGAGCACAAUUCACGCCUUGACGCGCAUCGUUCAGAUGCUCUUCAGUCGCCACGCACAACCAUACGAGCCAGCCUCUCAAGUCGGGCUCAGCAAUCCGCACGCCGAGUCGACGGCACCUCACACAGAUAUGCCCUACCCGCUGGACCUCUGCUACAUCCACGAGACGCUGCGAAUACAGCCCGUCGAUGGACGCUCGUUCUCAAGCAGCAUGUCCCCUCAAGCUACACUCCAAUGGGCUCAGUGCGUCCGACUUCUGUUUGCGCUUCCUGCAAAGAUCUCAAAUUGGAGUGAGGGCCAAGAAGACUGGUCUAGCAUGCUUGCUCGGCCAGAUGAGGCGCGAAGUCUGCAGCAGCACGAUGAGUUUGGGGCUUAUCUUGCUGAACAAUUGGAGCAGCUGAUUGGAACUAGGACUCAAGCGGAGAGUCUGCGCGUGUUUGUGAGCAGAGUACUCAGGAGCGGCACAGCUGCUCCAAUCCCCUUUUCGAACGCUUCAAGUGGCCGUGCAAGACGAGACUUCUGGUCAGCUCUUUUGCGCUGCGUUCUUAGGCGGUGCGAGAUCCUUGCUGGUCCACAUCGCUCUGACACGUACCUUCGCCCAAUCUCUGAGGAGUUUGACAUGGCGGGCUUGAAAGGUGGCGUCGGGGACCAAGUCGCGCUUUAUUCCGCCAGGUGGCAAAUCCUGCUUUUGCGCACCUUGCAGCGGACCGAAAGCGAGACGUUCUUUCUUUCGCUCUUGGCAUGGUUCGACGUGGUAUCGUGCGGCCUGGGCUUGAAACGAGCUGCCCCGAUCGUCCAAGACGUUCCUUCGAGAGGGCCUGUCCUGCAUGAAGAGGACCGCGACUUCUGCUCGACAGGCAAGGACAAUCUGAGAAACGCUAUUGCGCUAGUCAUUAAGAUUUUUCUCGGGCUGUCGGGGACCGAUAAGCCGCUGCAGCACAUAUCAGAUCCGGCUAGGCGCGCUAGCUUGACGUCAGAUUUGGCUUCGGACUCGAGCUCAAGCGAGGAAAGCUCCGCAAGCUCGGACGAGCGCCAGGGGCCUGCCUUGCCGUGCAAGAGAACCAGCAGAGGUCCAGCUAGCCUUGCGCCUCUGCUUAUUGAGGUUGUUCGAGGUACGCGAUCAGCUCGUCAUUGGUCGCCGUCGCUCGCAACGGCGCUGGCUUCCGUCAUCCAAAGUGCGGGAAGCAAGGUUAUGCAGCGUAUUGCCAAAGACGUGCUAGAGACGUGGUCGGAUGCGAAACGCUGCGAAAUCGACUUGCGUGAACGCGAGCUGUGUGAGUGUUUUGCUUUGGAAAUGGCGGUGAGAUGUCGAAAGCUGCGCUGCACGGAGCUGACCAUUAAGCGGGAACGCGCUAUUUGAAUGCGGAUUCUCGCAGACUUGACUACGCUACUAAUUGCUCUGCCUCUGCCCUCGCCUUACGACCCUACAUUCAUCGAGGGAGUAGGAGCGCACCUGUCCCACUUGGAUCCGUACAUUCGCAGAUUGGGAAUGUUAUGUGCAGAGCUGUCGAGCCAUCACGCCGCCCAUCAGCAGACGUCCGACUCAGGCGAUCAAGAAGCGCCAAAGACCUUGUCAUUCAGCAAGUCCAUCUGGGAGGGGCAUGGCGAGGGGCGAGAAGAAGCCAGAGUCCUCAGGAAAUUGAGUGCAAAACUAAGGGAGGGGAUCGAAAGCGGCGGCCCCGAGCUGCAUUUGCGAGCCCCUCACGUCAGUGCACCUGAGGCUGGUCGGCUGUUGGGAAUCGUGUUCGAGAUGCGACGCGGUUGCGAUCCAUUGCCUGAGCCGAUACCGGAUGCAGGACAGCCACACAUGGCACACAGCCCAGCACAGAUAGUAAGCCGUCCAAAGCCCAUCUCUAGAAGUCUUCCUCAACGUGUUGCACCUGCAAGCAGGCUACAGAGAUACGAUCAGAACUCGCCGUUGGGGUCCCUACUCGCCCUUGAUAGCUCUGGGACCAACGUCCGCAAAGACAGCCUGCGUCGACCACUCAUCGUCGACUUGUCGCAGACGGACGAGCGCGAUGAAACGGUAUCUGGCUCGCCUGCUCGACAAGAUGGACUACGGCCCGCUCCCGCGCACGAGUUCGAAGAGGCCGAGUCGUCCGCAUCUUCCUCUGGAGAGGACUCGUCUGCUUCUGAGGCGGGCGACGAAGAGCGCGCCCACUUGCAGUCCACUUUGAAGGGCCUCAAUCUGGCCAAUGAUGCGGAUGACUCGACCAUCAAGGCGGCUUUGGAAGCGCAUCGCAGUGCGCAAAAAGCCAAGGAGACCAAGACUUCGGGGCGGACGGAGGAUGAAGAGUUCGGCAUGUCCGUGCCCAAGAAGAAGAGGCGAAGAGUGCCGGUGUAUGUGAAUGAGCUCCCACCUCUGUUGAGAGACCAGGAUAGAUCGGCCAACAGAUUGGCGCUGAGACAUGCCGAAGCGCUCGUUCGUCGCAAAAGAGGUUGGGGCGGUGAAGUGGGUGAGUCAUGCGCGUGCGGCUGUCAGGUGUGGUAAAGUGUAGGGCGCUUACGUAGGCAGACUGCAUACUCUGUUUUUUGCGUCUAGAGGAGAACAGCGCGGAGCUGCUCUAUGCGUUGGUAGCACUGCAGAACAAUUUUGGCAUCAAGCACUUCGAAGAGAUGCGGACGAACGCAGUCGUUGCGCUCGUCGUAGCAGCGCCUCGUAUUACUGCUCCGUGAGUGGAUGCAGUCGCCAACACCGGAGGGCCUCUCGCUCAUGCUACUCGGCCCCGGCCCCUCUCUUUCAGCCUGCUUGCCGAGCAGUACUUCAACCAUCAAUAUUCGUUGGCGCAAAGGAGCUGCAUGCUGAUUGCCUUGGCUACGGCCGCUCGGGACCUCGCAGGCUUGCCAGCGCUGCACAGCCUUGAAGCGGCCAACGAGAGCCUGAUCGGCACGGCCAUAGAUCGCGCAAAGACAGAAGGAGAAGCUCGAGUGCCGGAAAUCCAGCGCGACAAGGCCCUGCAGGUCAAUCCUACUUCGAGGGGCUCGCGCUCUGAAUUGUCCGUGUCGCGCGAGGAAAGGAGCUCGCAACACGCAAGCUCAGUGGAUAAUUUGGCGAAGAGGUAUCCUUCCACCUUGCCAGGUGCGAUGCUUGCUCCUCUUACUCGAUACUUGGACGUAGCAGUAGUGUAUUUUCUGCGGCCUCUCAUUCAGCGACACUGGAUCGCCUUGGACGAGCUCUUGCGCUCAGCAAGCUCCAAUUCUCGCCAGAGCACUGCAAACUCCAUCUUACGCUCCCGCAUGAGUACGCACGGAGGUGGCUCGACUAUCGCAAGAAGAAGGGCAGGGACGGGUCAAGUGCUGAGCCCGAGCAUGGUGUCGCGUUACUUGGACUGCCUUGCCAUUCUAGCGCACGCCGCUCGACAUGCCGUUGGUUUUGCUCGUACCCUAGUCCCCCAGCUUUUUGAACUCGCCCUCGCUACCAAUACGCGCAUGCUGUGCUUCUCGGACUUGGAGCUGAACGACAAGGACGAAGUCAAUGAGCAGCAUGAAGCUGGAGCGCCGGACACGAGAAAGUUACAUGCUUCUCGUCGAAAUCUUACGGAUGCUCGAGAGGCUAUCAGCGCUUCUUCCGCCAGCUUGAUUCUAGUGCUACUGGAUGCGUGCUGGGAGAUGGACGGGGGAGUGGCGCUGAUGGAUGAGCUUUCAAGAAGCACCACCUCUUCUCAAGCUGGCAUUUCUUCCGCCAUCUUUGCGGACAUCAUCACUUGGACCGAGGCCUUGUUUGAGACAGAGGAUGCUAAAGGGAGACGCGCGGCGUCGUUUGGAAGGAGCGGACGAUGCGCUGCUGCGAUACUUGUGCGAGUGCACGAGAUCAGGUCUCACCUCGGUCAGAGAAUGUAG